AUGCAACCAGUGAGGGAAGAAGAAUCGUCUUCGAUUCAAAACGACCCUGGAAACUGCUCUAUCCCUUCCGGUGAUAGUUCCGUCUGGGCCGAUGUAUCGCCUCUCCUCUCCGCCGCCUGCACUGAUCUUCAGGAAGGCGAGCUCAUUCAUGGAGAUAAUUUCAACCUUUUUGCUGCCAUGUCUGCAUUGGAGAUAAUGGACCCAAAGAUGGAUUCCGGUAUGGUGUCUGCAUUUUAUUCUAUAGACGAAGCCAUCGAAAGUGGUUUUGCGCCGGUCCCUAUAAGCUCUGAUAAGACUGUUAAUGUGGAAAGCAUCAUUGACAUUAUGGACCAUCUCCUGGUGUGCGAGGCAACAUGGCACAUGGGACAUUCAUUGGCCCAAACUGUGUUUUCAUGCAUAUAUGUUCUGAGGCCUGAGAGGACGUCUUCCCAGGCUCUACUGCAUUCUUAUUGUAGGGUCAUACGAGCAACAUGCAGGGCAGUUGUUUCUGUAGUUUCAGAUGCACGUACAAAUGAAGAAGAGGAUCUUUUAACUAUGACAUAUGGUCUUCCUUUUAAUGGAGAUGAAGAUGCUAAGGGCUUGUUACUCUUAAAUGCUGUCGAAGAAACAAUCUGUCGCCAGCUGCGUGCCUGUAAGGCCACAUCAGCAAAGAGGAGACUGUUGGAAGAGUUGGAACCUCUACAAACUAAUCCUCAUCUGGAAGAGGGGUUUUGCAAGGCUCUGUUAUGCCGGAUACGUUUCCGUAAGCAUUUUCUACACGCUCUUAAUUGUAUGAGACGGCCACAAGGACGAGGCCACGAAUUGGCGAGGAAACACAUAGCGUCUUGCAUAUCAGAGCUACAGUCUCUUCUGGAGUCAGCAGAAUUUCUAAGAUCAAAUACUGUCAACAAUGGGGAAACAGAGAUAGAAGAAAGGACAACAGCAUCUGGUCGUCAGCCAAUUGGAUUUGAUUCUACUUUAAACAAAAGAUUAUCAGCUCCAACCCCACCCCGUGCUAUUAAGCUUCUUUCUUGGAAAAAGGCUAUCGACUAUUUUGUGAAACUUCUUCACAAUCUGGAUCAGAUCUGUGCAUUCUCAUUGGAGCCGGAUUUGGAUUUCGUCUUGCAGUUUGUGAUUCAGUUUCACAAAUCUCGUCCUGAUUUGGUUUCUAGGGCUCAUCUUCAGCUUCUCCUUGUGCAAGAUGGGAAACUUUACGGCCGUGAUACCUUUUUGACUAUUUGCGCCAGACUCCUUGCGAUAGACGUCUCAAAGAACCAUGGCCUUCACUUGAAUGAGUACAUACUUCAACUGAACCAGUUGAUGAUUAAUCUGCUCAAAAUACUAUGUGCUAAUACCCCAUGGCAGAGGCGUAAGCUUGGGAAAAUCUUAAACGACUGGAGCAUAUUCAACGUGCAGAUGGGGAUUAAUGUUGGUCAAUUGAUGCAACAAGAUACAUCACGCAGUCAGAAAAACGGCGAUAGGUCUCUGUUCAUUUUAAACCAUGUUUAUGGUUGGAUAGAGGAGCAAAUUCAUUGGGUGGCGCUUCGCUUUCUCGUGCUGGGGUUUGAACUAGAUCUUUACUCUCCAAGUGAAUAUUGUAUGGUAUACUGGUACAUGUACAUUAUACUAUGGAAGCUUCAUGAAAAAGCACGUCUCAGGGUCUUAAUUGUUGUUCAUUCUGAGGAACGCAAGGCGAAGAGGAACAAGGAGUAUUCUAGGGAUAUGGCUCGGGAAGAUCGGAUAAGUCUAUGGGUAUUACUUAUCCAGUGUCAGACUAGCCUUACGCAAGGGCUCACAUUGAUGAUUGCUGCUUUGAGAAAUGAAGGGAUGUGUUUAAAGAGCCAAGGACCUUUUAAUACCGAAAAUGAGAAAUUUACUCAGCAUUUUGAACUACUCCAGAAGGCAUCGCUUCCUGAAUAUGAUGCAUAUGAAUCAUUCUCAAAAUCCACAGCUCAUGCUAGUCUCGACUUCCUUCCUGCGUAUGAGUGCUUCCGCGACGCACAAAAGAUGGCCAAAGACAUAAAGGUCGGUUACGCCAACGAUCCUGAUAAACUGGCUGAAGUCAGGGGAAUAGAGCAAGUCGCGGAGCACAAUGUUAUUGCUGUUAAUCUCCUCUGUCAAGACCGCUCGCUUAAGGUAUCGCUCGAGUUCACUCAUCAUCCUUAUUUCGCCACUGCUAUUGUUCGUAGAUCUUGA